AUGGGCCCCAGAGCUGCAAAACUACCUGAUCGGCAGUUCAUUACUCAUUUUUCACUUGGCAGUCUUGGUUUCGAAGCAGGUAAUGGUUGCGAGAUGUUCGUUGUCAAACUCGAUGAUCAACUCUCGAUAAAGACAUAUUUCGAGAUUGAUGACGAUCCUUACAACUUCACAUCAACGUGA